GCCAGCCCGCCUUCCUGCUCCGGCGGCGGCGGAGGACGCGGCUGCCGCUCCGCGGCCACCCCAGCGGGAGCUGCCGGGGCUGAGGCAGAGCAGAGGGACCCCCGGGGCCACCCAGAACCAGAGCAGAGGGACCCCCGGAACCACCCAGAACCAGAGCAGAGGGACCCCCGGGGCCACCCAGGACCGAGCAGGGGCGAGGGGACCCCGGGACCACCCAGGACCGAGGAGGAGCAGAGGGACCCUCGGGACCACCCAGGACCGAGCAGGGGUGAGGGAAUCCCCGGGACCACCUACGACCGAACAGGAGUAGAGGGACUCCAGGGACUGAACAGGGGCGAGGGGACCACCCGGGACCGAGCAGGAGCAGAGGGACCCCCGGGGUCCUGUGCUGCAGGCAGCAUGGCGCAGUGGCAGGAGGUGCAGAGCUUGGCCAACACUUACCUGGAGCAGGUGCACCAGCUGUACGCGGGCUCGGCGCUGCCCAUGGCCGUGCGGCAGUCCUUGGCCGCCUGGAUCGAGAGCCAGAACUGGCGCCAGGCGGCGGAGCCGCUCUGCUCGCACGCCCGGAUGCUGUUCCACUCCUUACUGGUGCUACUGGGAGAGCGCCUGGGCAGCCUGGGCUCGGACCGCGAGGAUUUCAUGCUGAAGCACAACCUGCGCAAGGCCCACCGCGACCUCCAGGCCGAGUUCGAGGAGACGCCGGAGAGAUUCGCCAACCUGGUGGCCAACCUGCUGCAGGAGGAGCGGCGGAUCCUGCGCCUGGGGCAGGCGGGGGGGCAGGGGGGUUCGGCCCCCACGCCCAGCCCAGCCCCGGAGGGCGACCGGGAGCAGCAGAUCCAGCAGCGCUUGGGCGACUUCCACAGGGCCCUGCAGGAAGCCGAUCGAGCCUUCAGGCACCUGGAGGAUUUGCAGGAUGCCUUUGACUUCUGCUACAAGGUGCACUACCAGCCAGGUGAGGAGAGGAACGGGGACCCCGAGUACAUCCAGGAGCUCAAAUCCCUCCAGGACAAACUGCAGAACCUGGACCUGCAGCGGCGGGAGGUGCUGGCUCAGAUGCAGCAGCUCUUGGGGCGCAGCGAGACCCUGCAGGAGCUGCUGCAGCAGGAGUUGGGGUGCUGGCGGGCGCGGCAGCAGCGCCUGUGCCUGGGGGGCCCCGGCGACACCAACCUGCGCCCGCUGGAGACCUGGUUCACGGAGCUGGGCCAGGGGCUGUUCCAGCUGCGGCAGCUGCUGCGGGCGCUGGGCGACCUGCGGCAAAAGGUGACCUACGCCAGGGACCCGCUGGUGGCAGAGACGCCCCUGCUGGAGCAGCGGCUGCAGGAGCAGCUCACGCACCUGCUCAAGAGCGCCUUCGUGGUGGAGCAGCAGCCCAGCACCCCCAACGCCGGGAAGCGGCCGCUGGUGCUCCGCACCGCCGGCAAGUUCUCGAGCCGCGCGCGCCUGCUGGUGCGGCUGCACGACCGCAACCACCGCAUGGAGGCCAAGAUCCACAUCGACAGGGACCCGCCCAACAUCAGAGGGUUCCGCAGGUUCAACAUCCUGACGUCGAGCAGCAAAACGCUCCUGGCCGGGGACAGUCCCCAGGAGGGGCUGGUCUGCGACUUCCAGUACCUCACGCUGAAGGAGCAGAAGGACAGCAGGGCUGGCAAGGGCAAAGGCACCAGCGGCGAGGGUCCCCUGGUCGUGACGGAGGAGCUGCACCUCAUCACCUUCACGCUGGCUUACGCCUACUGCGGGCUGGAGCUGGAGCUGGAGACCACCACGCUGCCCUUUGUCAUCAUCUCCAACAACAACCAGUUCUCCAGCGCCUGGGCCUCCAUCCUCUGGUUCAACAUGCUCAGCUCUGACCCCAAGGCCCAGCAGUUCUUCUCGUCGCCGCCGCCGGCCCCGUGGCCCCGGCUGGCCGAGGUGCUGAGCUGGCAGUUCCAGAGCGUGGCCGAGCGGGGCCUCAGCCGGGACAACCUCCUGAUGCUGGCCAAGAAACUCUUGGGCUCGAAGCCGUCACCGGACAGCACCGUGGCCUGGCACAAGUUCUCAAAGGAUGGAGGCGCCGGUUUCUCCUUCUGGGCCUGGCUGGACGGGAUCCUGGGGCUGCUCCAGGAGCACCUCAAGCAGCUCUGGAAGAACGGACUCAUCCUGGGCUUCGUGAGCCGCAAGCAGGAGGAGAAGCUGCUCAAGUCCAAGCGGACGGGGACGUUCCUGCUGCGCUUCAGCGAGAGCGUCCUCGGCGGCGUCACCUUCACGUGGGUGGAGCACCACGAGACAGGGUCCCCCACUUUCCACGCCGUGGAACCCUACACGGCCUCGGAGCUGGUGUCGCUGGCGCUGCCCGACAUCAUCCGCGACUACCACAUGAGCAUGGAGGAGAAGAACCCAGAAAACCCCCUCAAGUUCCUGUACCCCAACAUCGCCCGGGACGAGGCUUUCGGGCCCUUCUACAGCCAGAGGCUGGAGGGGAACAUGAGCGAGUCGCAGAAAUACCUGAACCGGCGCCUCAUCCGUGUGUCCUCCAGGCCGCCCAACAAGCGGCAGACAGAGGAGGAGCUGUUGGGGGCCACGGAGCACCUGGAGAUGCUGCAGCUGCAGCCCCGAGGGCAGGGGACACAGCAGGCUGGUGGCCUGGCACUGCCACAGCCCCAGAGCUUGGGGACACCGCAGGUCACCCCUGGGAAGCUGGGGACCCCUCAGGGGGUGGCCAGUAGGCUGGGGACACCACAGGUGAUGGCCAUGAACCCGGGGACCCUGCAGCCCACGGGCUUGGGGAUGCUGCAACCACAGCCCCAAAGCCUGGAGCCACCACAGGUGGCAUCAGGGGUCCCCAACAUCCACCGGACCCUGCAAGUGGCACCAGGGGCUGUGGGGACCGUGCAGGUGCUGCCUGGGGGGCUGAGGAUGCUGCAGGUGGGCUCUGGGGACUUGGGGACACUGCAGGUGCUGCCAGGGGAGCAGGGGACAGCGGCUGUGAACUCGGGGACGCUGCGGCCGGGGGCUGCGGAGCCACCGCGGGUCCCCGAGGAGCAGGGGACACUGCCACUGGAGCUGAGGGACCUGGAGCUGCUGCCGGGGGGCCAGGACAUGCAGAAGCUGCUGCAGUCGCUGGAGGGGCUGGAGCCAGGCUUGGAAGUGGCCGAGCUGAUGCCAGACGAGGUGCCAACCUUGGAGGAGAGUUUCCAGCUGAGCCCCGGCAGCGCCGCGCUCCUGGACCAGCACGACCCGUUCCUGCCGCAGCCCGAGGAGUCGGUCCUGCCCGUCGUCCCCUCCCUCUUCACCGACUUCCCCCCGCUCCACAUCGACGCCAGCGACUUCCAGUGACCCCUCCCCGGUCCCUUCCCUUCCAGUGACCCCUCCCAGGUCCCUUCCCUUCCAGGGACCCCUCCCCAACCCCCUCGCUGUAAAUAAACCCCUUCCCACCCUGCCGCACGCAGGAGCCGCUCGCUCGUCUCCGUCAGACCUUUAUUAGAAACAUAUAAAUAAAGAUAAAUAAGGGAA